CCGACGUCCCCUCGAUCAAGGUCCUUUACCAUUCCGGAGUUCGCGGAUCAAUUCUGGAUGGCCAUAUAACCUACGAGCAGACCUAGAUCUCCCGCCAUUUCUCUACGUGCUUUACUAUAUCACUCGCACCUCGCCAGCCUCGAGGCUCCAAGCAACCAUGAGAAGCUGGCUCCAUGGACUACUCCUGCUUGGGCUGUCCGUUGUGACAGCCGGUGCAAAUGAAAUGAAUAUGAACCAGGAGAACGACAACAGACAAAUAUGUAGUGGAAUGUACAGCAAGAAUGACUGGGGAGGAGAUGUAGACCCACAUAUACUGGUCAAAUGGGUGAAGCAAGACGUCCCAGAAGGCUCGGACCCAAUUGCGAGCAUGAUAAUCUUCGAAUGGAGGGAUUACGAUCUGAUCGGAAUAGAGAAUGAAUACCUAUGUGAUUCGGAUCCGAUCCAAGCCGGAUUUUGCAAUUCGAAUCAAACGGGAGAGUUUAUCUUGGCGCCAAAUGCGACUGACAUCUCAAAAAACGUCAUCUUCACUCAGGCGGUACACCUAAAGGACCCACCCCUACCAGUCAACUAUGGCAUCAAGAAGACGGGGUAUUAUUGUGUAGGCACCGCGGCUUUCUCACCAUUAGAUGCGCAGUAUAGUGCCACGGUCGAAUUUCGAAACGCAUACGGAGAGCUUCCGGCCGCUCAGAUUGCCAAGCUUCCGUUCUAUGGUGGUAUCACAAUUAUCUACGCAGUCAUUGGAGCAUUCUGGGCGUUCUUGUAUGUUCAACACCGGCAUGAUAUACUGCCCGUGCAAAACUACAUCACUGCAAUCAUCCUCUUCUUGAUAGUCGAGAUGCUAGUGACGUGGGGAUUCUACGAUUUUAUGAACCGGAAUGGAAGUACAGUCGGUGCGAAAGUGCUUAUGAUUGUGGUUGCAAUCCUAAAUGCCGGGCGAAACUCCUUCUCCUUCUUCUUGCUCCUGAUCGUCUGCAUGGGCUAUGGUGUUGUUAAACACACCUUAGGCAAAACGAUGAUCUAUGUUCGGUAUCUAGCUGCGGGACAUUUUGUCUUUGGCUUGAUCUAUGCAAUCGCAAGCUUGACUGUCACCCCUGAGAGUGCCGGUCCUCUUGUGCUCUUCAUUAUUCUCCCAUUGGCUGGCACAUUGACCGCCUUCUACGUGUGGACCCUUAACUCUCUAAAGGAGACCAUUAGAGAUCUUGUUGAGCGCAAACAAACCGUCAAACUCUCCAUGUACCGACAGCUCUGGUGGGCAAUCCUCCUCUCCAUUAUGGUGAUCUUUGGCUUCUUCUUCUUUAACUCCUUUACCUUUGCUUCAUCUUCGAGCCCGGACUUUGUACCCUUCCACUGGAAGACUCGUUGGUUUAUCCUCGAUGGCUGGCUCAAUUUCGUCUACCUUGCCGACGUGAUUUUCAUCGCCUACCUCUGGCGUCCUACCGCUAACAACCGACGAUUCGCAAUGUCGGACGAGUUAGCUCAAGAUGAUGAAGGUUUUGAGAUUGCAGACUUUGGCGCAGAAGAUGACGAUGAUGAUGAUCCAGAAAGUGCGGCAGCACACAGAGGGGAUAGGACGCAGCCGGGUCAAGAAGGCCCAAGAUAUGAUCCACCUCCGGGAGCCAAUACGGCGAAGGAGAUCCCAAGAGAGAGUCUUGAUGGCGAGACGAUUUUUGCCGUUGGGGAAGAUGGAGAUCGGUGGUCGGACGAGGGGAGUGAUGAGGAGAGAGGGAAGUUGGUGCAUGAUCAAGGGAAAUAAAUUCCGGCUUUGGCAUUUUUAUGGAUGUACUGUACUUUUAGAGGUUGGUCUCGGGUUCUCAUUGACGCUAGACUGUGUUUAUAUCCUCAUUUUUGUUCCUUGAAGUCUUUCGUGUGAGGAAAGAGAUCGUGAGAGGAGUUCAGAUCGACCUGUGAGAUGAAUUCAAUACACAUCCAAAAGAGCUCUUCAGGGCAGGUCGUGGGUGGGUCAAGAAUUAGUGAACACUGUGCAGAGGUCAAUCCAGAGCCACAAUUAAUCGGGU